UCUUAGCGCAACUUAACCCUCUCUCUACACGACGAGACCAGCAAAGCCUGGCUGGAAUCAGACAAACACCGAAACACACCCGAGUUUUACAGGCAGUGCGUUUAUCUGGGUUUGGAUGAGCCGCGGUAUCAUUUGGUAAUCUCGAGUCCAGCGCGCGGAGCAGGAAUGUCCCGGAGGAAACAGAGCAACCCGAAGCAAUUCAAACGAGUGUUUGAAAAUGGGCUUGAGACUGACUCUGAGGAGAUGGAGAAGAAAGAGAUCUUGAAAGAAGACGGGUCUGUGGAGGACGACCUGCUUUACUACUCUGACCCAGAGAACGUCGUCUCUAAAGAUGGAGAUCACUCGAGGAAUGGUGAAAUGGCCGGAAGUUUAAAGGUGGAACAACAAGACAGUGACGGACAUGAAGAGAGAGUCCAACCAAGCCCACUGACAGCAGAGGAAUGGGACGGCCCAAGUGAAAUGGCCGGAAGUUUAAAGGUGGAACAACAAGACAGUGACGGACAUGAAGAGAGAGUCCAACCAAGCCCACUGACAGCAGAGGAAUGGGACGGCCCAAGGGAGCUGAAAAAGAUUGGUGAAGGCGGAGAGAGAAGGAUUUGUUCUUGUCAGGCACUUCUGCUGGGCACCACAUGGGGACCUUUCCCUGGGAAGAUUGAGGCGGCCACAGGAGGAAGUGACAAGGUUUCGCUGGCACUGAAUGGAGGUCCUCGCUGGCUGAUGGACAUGAUGUGGGUCAGUGCAGAGGAUGGAAAGAGCAACUGCGCCGUGUACAGUAAAGGAGGACAUGUGUGGUGUUCCACAACUAAAAACAUCAUGGAAGGAGACGACCUUGCAGCCUGUGUGGUGGAUCUGCACUCACAUCUUCAAACUCCCUAUGGUCAAGGGAUGUACCAGGCCCGACAGCUGGAUGGCAUUCAACUACUUCCUCAGCAAGCAGCCAUGGCGUCCAUUCUGCCUGGCACUAUCAUUAACAUUCUCAAGUCAGAUGCGAUAUCCACUGGAAGAAACUUAAAAUGCACAAUUUGUGACUACACUGCUGAAACUCUUAUGGUACUCCAGCACCACAUCCUCUCCCAUCUGUCCCAAACUGGCCUGAGAUGUAGUUACUGCCACUUCACAUUCCAAACCCCCAGAGAACUGGUCAAACACCAGGAGCUGCAUGGACAUACGGUCAACAAACUCAUUGAAGGAGACAAAGCUGAUAACUCCCCUAACAGCAUUGCAGACAGUCCUCAACGAGUUAGAGCUAAUGCAAACAUGAAAUACCUUCAGGAAAGCACAGUACAACGUGAUAUAAGUCAAAUGCCAGAGAUGGAAAGCACGGAAAGUAGCCAGACAUCCACUAAGGGUGAGGGAAACUCAGGAAACAAGGCAAGUGUUUCAUACUCCAGAGUAAAGUCAGAACCUUCUAGUCCUCGUUUAGCCUCCUCACCCAUUCAACACCACCUGCCUCCUGCCUUUCCCUUACUCCCCUUCAUACCACAUGUCCCGUUCUCACAGGAUAUUACGGUGGGCCCGCAAGCAUCUGAGAUCCUGGCCAAAAUGUCCGAGUUAGUCCAUCGCAGGUUACGUCAUGGGGGAAACUCAUACCCUCCAGUCAUGUAUAGCACGCUUGUGCCAAAAGGAGCAACGUGCUUUGAAUGCAAUAUCACCUUCAAUAACCUUGAUAAUUAUUUGGUACACAAGAAGCACUACUGCAACAGUCGCUGGGAAAGCACACACAGGCCACUCGACUUCCCUGGUCUUCUGGAUAAACCAGCAGGCAGUGUAAGCCCUAAAAUCGGAGCUAGUUUAGCUGUUAUGCUAAAUUCCGGCCAUCCCUUUGAAGUGAAAGGGCAUGAGCCUAAUCCUUGCAUUCCAAUCGCAGGUGGAAAAGUGACAGAUGAACUGUCUGUGCAAGUUAAAAAAGCAUCAACUCCAUCUGGUGCACAGGAGAGACCAAACGGUACACAGCUGGAUUUACAAAACCAGAAAAUGCCACCCACUGAAACUGACCCCAACCACACAACAUGCGAGGCAUGCAAGAUCACCUUUAGUCGACAUGAGACCUUCAUGGUGCACAAGCAGUAUUACUGUGCCACUCGCCAUGAUCCUCAAUUGAAACGUGCAAACAAUAAAGGAGCAGCCAAUCAGAAGGCAGUACGUGCUCGUAAAAGAAGAAAGGCAUAUGAGCUGGCCACUCCUGAACAAGAACAAAUGCCACCUAUGGGUAUGCCAACAUUUCUUGGUAUGCCCACUAUAGGAGGUCCAUACAUGUCAAAAGACACACUGGAUAGCUUCAGGGACCAUCAGAGGUACAACAUGAUCCAGGGGUUAGUACCCAAAUAUCCAGAGGCUUCAUUGACAGUCACAAAAUCAGCUCUUGUGUCAAAAUGUAAUACAAUCUCCAAGGAAGAAGGUGAUGCACCUAUAGAUCUCAGUAAAAAAUGCAUCGCACAGUUUGGCAACACUCCGGUUUCUUCUAAAGGACUUAUGGAUUAUCAUGAGUGUGUUGUGUGCAAGAUAAGCUUCAACAAAGUUGAGGACUAUCUCAAGCACAAACAAAACUUCUGCCUAGGUACUAUUUUGCAAAACACUUCAGCUGAAUUCAAAAUCAUCAAAAAGGAAGGUCCUAGAAAUACUAACAGCCUUUUAGAGAACGCCCUCUUUGCGCUCCCAGCUCUGCAUGGAAAGAUUGAGCAUCCAAAUGCAGUGCCAACUUCCGACAUCCAAGCUUCCAGUGAGGAACAACCGAUCCCGAUAAAAGAUGACACGAGGAGCGUGUUUCAGCCCUCUGGGGGUUACCCAAGUCCUGCUAAGAAAAUGAGACCCGAUGAGCAAAUCUGGCCUUACUAUGAAAUCAAACCCACUGAUUACGCUACAGGGAUGCUGGUCUCACAAAGCGAACAAAGGCAGAGUCCAAACGAGGGCAGUGAGGGGGAAAAUGACCAGCCGAUGCCUGAUGGUAGCCAUCUAAGCACACAUGACCCUGGGAACCAGAACAAGUCUUCAUCCUUAAAGGACAGUCUUGACCUCGAGGACAAGAUGGAAGAUGCUGGGAAUAAACAACAUGGUUCCCCUACACCAGAGAGCCAUGCAGACAGUCCUGUCAACUGUAAGGAAAGCACAAUGUCGGUGCCAUCCUUAAAGACUGAGGAAGUCUCGACAAGAUUCAAGAGAGUGUUGAAUGGGUCCAUUGCAACCACAAGUAAUGUAAAGUACUGCCGUCCUUGUGACAUCCAGUUCAACAACCUCUCAAACUUUAUAACACACAAGAAGUUUUACUGCUCGUCACACACAGCAGAGCAUGUGAAAUAG